AUGAGUGACUUGGAAAGAAAAUUAUUUGAAACGAAAAGACUGAAGGUUUCUCUCGAGCCGAUCGAAGAGCAGCCGACUGAAAGAUAUGCUCUCGAUAAUACCCAGAAGGAAGUCAGACACUUGAUGAAUGAAUCCUGGAGAAACACUCUUUUUGAGCAACGCAAAAAAUUGUUAACUUUUGAGGAUAAGUUUUAUCGAGACUCUACCCAUUAUGUUCAAACAUAUUAUCUACCCCCAGAGCUGAAUGAUUUACCAGUGUUGGUGUGUCAUCACGGCGCUGGGUCAUCAUCACUGACAUUUCUUGCCUUCAUUUCAGCUCUAAAAUCACAGACUGAAUAUCCCCGUCCAGGUGUUUUUCUAUUUGAUAUGUUUGGCCAUGGUCGAUCUACUGACCGUCCAGAGAAGAAUUAUGAAUUGGACGCUUUGACUGACGAUUUUAGUUUCAUCAUGACGGAGUUCUUGGCAAGGACUCUGGCCAAAAGACUUUUUUUUAUUGGUCAUUCACUUGGAGGAUCUAUAAUGACCAACUUUCUCGCUAGGGAUAAUCUGUUGUUGCAGAAAGUUUCUGGAUUAGCUCUCUUGGAUAUUGUUGAGGAAACGGCUGUGCGGUCUCUCAAUAAAGUUAGCUUCUUUCUUAAGUCCAGGCCAAGGCAAUUUAAUGACUAUGAAGAUGCGAUGUAUUGGCAUUUGAACAGCAAGCUAUUGAAUAAUGAAGAGUCUGCGAAACUCAGUAUUUAUGAUCUUUUCACCGAAGACGCUCAAGGAUGUCUCAAGUGGCGUGCUGAUUUAGAAGGCAUGGCACAUUUCUGGGGAGAUUGGUUUCUUGGAAUGUCUGAGAAGUUUUUAAGGUGUGACGAACCUAUGACAAAGAAGAUACCUAAACUUCUUGUUCUUGCGGGUAACGAGCAUCUUGACAAGGACUUGAUCAUCGGACAAAUGCAAGGAAAAUAUCAGCUAUUAGUAUUUGAUAAUCUACUUGAGACAGGCCAUUUCAUUCAAGAGGAUAUUCCCAAGAAGCUUAGCAUCAGCAUUUUGGAAUUCUUGAAGAGACAUGACAUCGCAUACAUUGAGCGCACACAGACAACCAGAAGGUCUCUUUGGGGUGGUUCGAUACAUUAA